CUCUCUCCCUCUCUCUCUAUUGGAUUGCCUCUAUAUAAAGCCCACACUCACUACUCUGUGCAUACACGCAGAAAUGGAUUGUGGUGCUACCCUCUUGAAUUUGAGCCUUCCCCACCAUACCAAUCCCCAUAAUGACCGUGACAUCAUCGCCACCGCCGUCGCCGCCACCACCAACACCACCACCACUAACACCAACAGCAAGAACAAAGAAGAGUUAGUUUUUGAUGCCUCGGUCAUCCGGCAGCAGCAGGCCAUUCCCAAGGAGUUCGUGUGGCCCCUGGACGAGCGCAGCUGCGAACUGGACGAGCUCCACGUCCCCCUCAUCGACCUUUGCAGCUUCCUAUCCACCGGCGACACCGCCAAGGCCACAGAGAUGAUUGGCAAAGCUUGCAGUCGCCACGGCUUCUUCCAAGUCAUCAACCAUGGCGUCAGCCCCGACCUCAUUGAUGCUGCCCACUCUCACAUGCGUUCCUUCUUCGAACUCACCCUGCCCAAGAAACAGAGAGCGCAGAGGAAGGUCGGAGAGAGCUGCGGCUACGCCAGCAGCUUCACCGGCAGGUUCUCCUCUAAGCUCCCCUGGAAGGAAACUCUCUCCUUCGAGCACUCCACUUCGAAUCCCAACGCCGUCAGUCAUUACUUCAAGAGGAUUCUUGGUGACGAGUUCGAAGAAUCGGGACGAGUCUACCAAGACUACUGUGAAGCAAUGAGCAACCUCUCUCUGGGCAUCAUGGAGCUCCUGGCAAUGAGCCUGGGGGUGGACAGAAUGCACUACAGGGAGUUCUUUCAGGGGAACAAUUCAAUUAUGAGGUUGAAUUACUACCCUCCAUGCCAGAGGCCGGACCUUACUCUUGGAACUGGCCCUCACUGUGAUCCUACGUCCCUGACCAUUCUUCACCAGGAUGAUGUUGGAGGCCUCGAAGUGUUCGUUGACGGAAAGUGGCACAAAAUCAGACCCAAUACCAACGCAUUUGUAAUCAACAUAGGCGACACCUUCAUGGCAUUAUCUAAUGGAAGGUAUAAGAGCUGCCUGCACAGGGCAGUAGUGAACAGUGAAACUCCUAGGAAGUCCUUGGCCUUCUUCCUGUGUCCCCAAAUGGACAAGAUUGUGAGGCCCCCAAGAGCGUUGGUAGAUGAGGAGAACCCAAGAAUGUACCCUGACUUCACAUGGUCUGCGCUGCUGGAGUUCACACAGAAGCAUUACAGGGCAGACAUGAAGACCCUCGACACCUUCACCAAGUGGAUUCAGACACCAAUCAACCCGCCAACUCGCUGCUUCUGAGAAGAGAUUGUUUGUAGUCAUUUUUGCCUGUUUCUCCCUUCUUGUGAUCUUUUUUUUCUUCCCUCCUUUGUGGUUCUGCCCCUCCUCAAUCCUGCUGUCGGAUGGAAAUAUGUUCCCGGUGGCCGGAAAAUUGGUUUGAGAGUAGCAAUAAAGAAAGUUGUACAAAUGAGGAGGCAAAAAAGGAAAGGAUGGUGUCCUCUGUGGGGGUAUCGUGGGGGUCCGGAAAAGGGAGCAAGUGAUAAGUUGAAUCAAUGCCAGCAAAAAAGCCUGUGAUCCGUUUCCCACCACAAGCUUCAGAUACUGGUUUGCUUUUUGGGACUGCUAUUACCGAGAGCACCGUAAAUUGUAGGAGUAACUGUAGGAAACCCAAAUGAUCAAGUUAUAUUUCCGGAGCUAA